GGUUGCUUCACCACCAACUGUCAUUUCGUGUCGGUGCACCCUCAAGGCAAAGGGUGCUUGGUCAUUGCAAGUUGUAGACGACCAAAUGUCCUUCAGGGCUUUUCUUCAAUAACUUUAUAUUUUAUCAUUUCUGAGUGAAUGUAGUUGAAUGCGUACGCCUUUAAAAUGGAUGUAUAGCAGUUGUAGAAGGAGCUCCACGGUAUCCUAGCCUAGCAUGAACCGGUGAGCUGCUGAACCGGUAGCUCAGCAGGUUUCGAUAUAAUAAGUUCAGCCGAGUUUAUUGGUUUUCUCAAAUUAGAGUUUGCUUCCGUGUUCUGGCAUGGAGCCCUUUGGAGUCGUUGGAAUUGUUCUCGGAAGCUCUGCAAGCCUGGUUCUGGGUGGGCUCGUGUUUGCAGCCUACAAACUUGGCAUACUCUACCAGUUGUUCCACAAGACCGAUACAAAGAGCUCAAGGCACGGUGGUGAGAGCGUGGCAGAGGUGCUCCGCGCCCAUGGGGUCAAGUACGUUUUCACUCUUGUCGGUGGGCACAUUUCACCUAUCCUGGUGGCUUGCGAGAAGGUGGGGAUCCGGAUCGUGGAUACCAGGCACGAGGCCACUGCAGUCUUCGCCGCUGAUGCGGUGGCAAGGCUCUCAGGUACGGUUGGUGUAGCAGCAGUGACUGCUGGCCCAGGUCUCACUAACACAGUGACAGCAGUGAAGAAUGCUCAGAUGGCUGAAUCUCCUUUGCUGCUCAUUGGAGGAGCUGCUGGUACACUACUCCAGGGCAGAGGAUCACUGCAAGAUAUUGACCAGAUGUCUCUCUUCAAGCCGCUGUGUAAGUUCUGCACCUCCAUCAGGACUAUCAGAGAAAUUGUGCCUACGGUCAGGAAGGCCUUGGCCAUCGCUCAGUCGGGAACACCUGGUCCGGUUUUCAUAGAGUUUCCCAUUGACACACUCUACCCUUUCCACAUUGUGUCCAAAGAGUAUGUUGUUAAGAACCCCCCUAAAGGCCUGCUGGGAAAAAUUGUCGCAUGGUACCUUCGUAACCACCUCAUGAAUCUUUUCGCUGGCGCCUGGGAGGCCAGAGACGUGUCUCCACUUCCUGUUCACAUCCCUCAAGCCACAGACGAUCAGAUACAAAGGUGCAUAGAGCUGGUGAGUCGAGCCAAAAAACCUGUUAUUCUGCUGGGUAGCCAAGCAACACUACCCCCAACACCGGUGGAUAACAUCAGGAAGGCUUUGGAGGAUCUGGGUAUUCCCUGCUUUCUCGGGGGUAUGACUCGUGGGAUGUUGGGUAAAGAAAGCCCCAUACACAUCCGACAGAACAGACGAGAUGCUCUGAAGGAAGCUGAUGUGGUGGUUUUGGCAGGCACUGUGUGCGACUUCCGGCUGAGCUAUGGCAGAAUUCUCAGCAGACGCAGCAAGAUCAUCGCUGUCAACAGAGACAAGACACAGCUGCUGAAAAACUCAGACAUGUUCUGGAAACCAACUAUAGCAAUUCAGGGUGAUGCUGGAUCAUUUUUAGUGCGGCUUUCCAAAGGGCUAAAAGGCCAUCGAUGUCCAGAGGAAUGGCCUCAGAGCCUCAAAGCAGGAGAUGCGACCAAAGAAACUGCAAACAGGGCUAAAUCUGAGGAGAAGACUGAACACCACUUAAAUCCUUUGAAAGUCCUCCAUCGUGUGGAUGAGCUGAUGGCUGAGGACAGCAUCAUUGUUGCAGAUGGAGGAGAUUUUGUAGGUAGUGCUGCUUACAUAAUGAGACCAAGAGGACCUCUGUGUUGGCUAGAUCCAGGAGCCUUUGGGACUCUGGGAGUUGGAGGAGGUUUUGCUUUGGGGGCAAAACUGUGCCGGCCUGAAUCUGAAGUGUGGAUCGUCUAUGGUGAUGGCUCCUCAGGAUACAGUAUUGCAGAGUUUGACACAUUCACUAGACACAAGACACCAGUCAUAGCUCUUUUGGGAAAUGAUGCAUGUUGGAGUCAGAUCUCCAGAGAGCAGGUUCCCAUGCUUGGCAGCAACGUGGCAUGCGGCCUUGCAUUUACAGACUAUCACAUAGUGGCAGAUGGUUACGGCGGUAAGGGCUACCUCAUAGGGUGUGAAAACGAGGACAAGUUAAGUGACAUCAUCAGACAAGCUCAGAGAGAUGCCCAGGAGGGCAAAGCUGCACUUCUCAAUGUUCUGAUAGGGAAGACCAACUUUAGAGAUGGCUCAAUCUCAGUAUAGAACAGCUGUGUAAUACAGUAACCAUGCAUUCUUUAUACUUUAACUUUGACUUCCCUCAGACUUUUACUAUCAGUUCUGUGGAGGAUACUUUUAGUCCAAUCUGGACCCGAUCUCGGCUUAUCCUUUGUGCACUUAAAGCCAUAAUUCACUUUUAUAAAUCAUCUUACGAUGUGCUGAUCUUCAAUAUGAUCUGUUAUCACUCAUUAUUUCCUCCAUCAGACAGCAAAGAGGUCAUAGCACAUCUCCAAACAUCAAUUAUGACUGUUAUCCUCCUUAUUUAUGAUACAUUCAUGACUUUGGGUUUAUUUUAGUUAUUUAAUAUUAAGUUUUACUUAAACCAUAGCUCCAGACCUGCCAGACUAGAAACCAUAUAGUCUAAAGCUUUUGUUGUGCUGCCUUCAGGUUGCUGUUGGACUAUUUCAGAGAAUAACUGCUGCAUUAUUUUUUAAAGGGAAGGGGGGGGGGGGGGGGUUGUUUUUGACCGUUACACAGCCUAUAACAACUUUUGAAACUAAACCAGAGACUGAAAUCACUCGUUAGAGGGAGUGUGUUGCUUACCAUUAUGCCUUUUCUCCUGUUCUAACAUGAACACAUAGCCUUUUUAUGUGGACACAGGAAACCUUAGAACUGUAUAUAGUCAUUAUGAGUUAAUGAUUUAGAGAAUCACUUUUAGAAUGGGGCAACAUUUUGUUUUUGAAUGUUGAUGACUGAUAUAUGGUAUGCCUUUAUGCUGAUUGAUUGUAUCUUUAGUAUGCAUUGAUAUGUAGAGGCUGAAAACAUGUCUGCUGAUUCGGUUGGAUAUUUAAACGAUAUUUAAUACUAACUUGUUUGCAGUGAUGUGGGCUAUGCCUGUACACAAUCUGAACUGCACUGUAAUUAUAACAUUAACUCACCAGGUGAACACAUGUCUGUUAUUACACUCCUGUAUGUACUGGUGUCUUGUUUGGUGCUUUGUGUGUUGAACUUUUAAUCAUAAAAUGUAAUUUGGAUUGAUUCUUAAAUAAAUUUUAAAAAGUAGGCAAUGAAUGGGUUAUCAGAUUAUUGAUUUAUUUUGGUGGCAACACAGCCACUGCACACAUCCAAAGUCCCAGCUAAAACUUGCAUUACAAUACAAUAACACAGUAUCAAUCAUUCUGUUUUUAUAAGUUCAUGUUAAAACUAAAGCUAAUAUAAAACUGAUCUAGAAGGAUGGUGCACAUGGUGUGUUUACCUACGCUUGUAAAGUCACGAAGCAUCAGUCGUCAACAAAGCCUUGACUCAAUGCAUUAACGUAUUUGUACUUUUGUAGUUUCACCACAUGAAGACAAACCGGUAAUAACGCUAAACAUUUUAACCGUUUUCCGUGACAGGGGCUGUGACCUUUAGCCCACAUACUCCUCUUAAGUGCAGUUAGUAUUUUAAACAGGAGAUGGCAGUCCAGCAGUGGUGGUGUUAAAGUCUGUGCUGACGUGUUACUGUUUAGCAUACGUUAUAAGAGAAUGUGGUAGAUGUAGCGGAAAAUGCCAU